AUGAAUCUAAGACGUUGGGGCACCACUCUUCUAGAACUUUUCCCGCCGAGUAGAAUACCGGACAACGCCCUGCGACCCGACAGGGCUGUCGUGAGGCGCAAGAUAACGCUCUACCAUAACUUUUUCCGCACCAAAGUGCAACCGACUGCAGCCAAUAUGCUGCUAAUGUCGUGGCACCCAGCCGCGGCGCACCAGGCACAACGGUAUGCAGAGAAGUGCCGAUUCUUAGAACACAACAAUCCUCAAGAAAACCAGGUUUACCCUCUCGGGACUUGCGGGCAGAAUCUCUUCGUGGCUGCGCAAAAGACGCCAUGGUUCUUCGCAGUAAAGAGCUGGUUCAUGGAGUACCAAAACUUCACUUAUGGUGUUCCGAUUCACAACUUCCACGAGGUCGGCCACUAUACACAGGUGGUGUGGGCUACCAGCCAUAAAGUGGGAUGUGGGAUUGCCCACUGCCUCGGCGGCCCCUGGGGGCAGUUCUACAACUACGUCUGCCAUUAUUGUCCUGCGGGCAACGUCCAACCACGAAUGGAAUUUCCCUACAAGCCCGGGAGGCCGUGCGCUGACUGUCCAGACCACUGCAUCGGUGGAGCGUUGUGCACCAACCCCUGUUCCGAAGUUGACAUCUACUCCAACUGCGGGCAACUAUCGCAGAUGCCCGGAGUAUGUGGGAUGGGAUUCUGCAACGCCACAUGCACUUGUGGACGGAGUCGCGUCCACAAGAAUUACCCUUGGGCGGUCCUGGUCACCGAACGCAAUUGGCUUCCAAACAUACAGGGAUGACUCAUAUCGCAAUCGAGAUAGCGAUCUUUAUCCUUUGUACAAUGUUGCUCUGCAGAGAAAAAUAGUAGAGUACCACAACUAUUUCAGAAUGCAAGUCCGUCCUUCUGCUUCGAAUA